AUGGCUGGCAAUUCAUUGAAAGACAUGAAUACUUCGUUUGGCAAAUUGGAGAAAUUUCAGUGCCAAUAUUUCAGACGUUGGCAAAAGAAGAUGCACUUCUGGUUGACCACUUUGAAAGUUGUUUAUGUUCUCUCUACUCCAAAACCAGAAGAGGUUGAAGAUGCAAGUCUGGAACAGAUCAGAAGGAGAAGCAAAUGGGAGAAUGACAACUACAUCUGCCUUGGUCACAUUCUUAAUGGUAUGUGUGAUUCCCUCUUUGACACUCAUCAAAACAUUGAAACUGCAAGUGAAUUAUGGAACACACUUGAAGCAAAAUAUAUUGCAGAAGAUGUUUCAAGUAAAAAGUUCAUUGUUUCUGAUUUCAACAAUUAUAAAAUGGUUGAUUCUCGAUAUGUAAUGGAACAAUAUAAUGAAAUCCUACGAAUUUAUGGUCAAUUCAAACAACACAACAUGUCCAUGGAUGAAUCCUUUGUUGUUUCAAGUGGACUUCGUGAUCAAGAGAAUGACAAAGGAACUGGAAAGGGCAAAUCUGAUUUUGGACAGCCCCAAGUUCAUAUGGUUGGAUGUGAUAAAGAAGACAAUUCUAAUCACAAGGGCAAGGGUAAAAAACGUAAAUAUGAGGGUCACAACAAGAAGUCCAACAAAAAAUACAAGGAUUUCAAGGAACUUGUGUGUUGGAUAUGCCAUCUGAAAGGGCAUAUGAAACGUGACUGUCGGGUGAAACUUGGAAAUAAAGGUGCAUGUGGUAAUGGAAAAGAUGGUGUUGGUGGUGGCAGUGGAUCUCAUGAUCAAUCUGCAACCAAAGGUUAA